AUGGACACCAACUUUCGCGGUGGACCCCCGGGAUUCGUGCGGAUCGUGAGCAACGGGCCCAGUGGCGCGAUCUUCGUCUACCCCGAAUACUCUGGCAAUAGGUUGUAUCAAACUCUAGGUAAUUUCCUCACAACUCCUUUGGCCGGCUACGUGUUUCCAGACUUUGAGACGGGAGAUGCACUUUACAUUACUGGGCACACCCAGAUUCUGGUCGGUAAAGACGCUGCUACUAUGCUCCCAAGAUCGAAUCUAGCUGUUAAAGUGACUAUCACCGCGGCGCGCUACGUAAAGAGGUCGCUCGCAUUCCGAGGGAUCGCAGGCGCGCCUUCUCCAUACAACCCAAGUGUGCGUUACCUCACUACAGAGAAGGCCAUUCCGGCCGCUGAUCUCGAUGAGGGCCACUCUGUCAUUGCGACCUUGGUGAAGAAAGAGAUUCUGAGUCCAAACAUUGGUCGAUUUCGCUUUCGCAUCUCGGACCCAUCUAGAGUCGGGGCAUGGUCCCCGGGGCAGUAUGCAACUUUUUCUUUCCAGGAGGAAUUAGAUAUGGGCUAUCGGCACAUGCACGAUGAAGAUCCCUCAAGCCUCAAUGAUGACUAUGUCAGAACAUUCACGGUCUCCUCAUACCCAGGACACUCAUUGACGCCGAAUGAGUUUGAAAUCACAGUCCGCAAACAUGGCAACGUGACUAGCCAUCUUUUCAGAAUUAACGAGCGCGCCGGACUGGAGGUUCCCCUGAAAGGUUUCGGGGGUGAAUUCAAACUAGAAGACCAGGGGGACAGCUCUAAAUUCCCUUUCAUAGCCGGCGGAAUUGGUAUAACGCCGGUCAUUGCACAGUUACCAGGCGUCGAUACAUCGCGCCUCCACCUCAUGUGGUCUGUCUCUGUUCAGGAUGUAGGCUUUGUACUUGACACCUUCAAGCGAUUUCCCCAACUUCCAGCGUCCACCACUCUCUUCCUUACUGGGCCUGAGCCGAAGGGUGAGAAGGAGCUGCUGCAGCUGGCUACCGUCCUAGCAUCUGCGGCCAGGGUGGAACGUCGAAGAAUGGAAGCUCGAGAUGUCGAUCUAUCGCUGAGUGAUGUGUGGUAUUUCUGCGGAAGUUCUUCACUCAAGAGCUCGGCCAUGGCCUGGCUGGAAGGAAAGCAGGUUGUCUACGAAGAUUUUAGCUAUUAG